AUUUCAAUUCCAAAAAAUAAUCAGAGUACUUGAGAAACCUGAAAGAAAAUUUAAAAGACAAUUCAGAGUGUAUAGCAUUAGUUGAUUUCUCAGAAAACUAUUCAUUCAUGGUACAAGAUGGAAGUACAAUCUUAUCAUUGGACAAAUAAUCAAGCUACUUUACAUCCCUUUGUAAUUUACUUUAAAGAAGACGGAUUACUUAAGGCAAAAACUUUAUGUGUGAUUAGCGAUUAUCUAACUCACAGUACAGUAUCGUUUUUCACGUUUCAAAUUUUUUUUAUUGAUUACAUGAAAAACAGUUAUCCGGAGUUUAAGAAAAUUUAUUACUUCAGUGAUGGAGCAGCUGCUCAAUACAAAAAUAAAAAAAAAACUUUAUUAAUAUAUGUCAUCAUGAAGCGGAUUUUGGACUACAGGCAGAUUGGCAUUUCUUUGCCACUUCUUAUGGUAAAAGUCCAUGUGAUGGAGCAGGCGGUACAAACAAAAGGAACGUAAGAAGAGCAAGCUUACAGCGAACUACAGAUCAUCAUGUAUUAACUCCAG